AUGUCUAAAGUCUCUAUAACAACUUUUAAUUGUGGCAAAUUAUUCCCAUUGCAUAAUAACCAGUUGGCUAGUUCUGUAAUUAAAUCCAUCAUUCCUAAUGUAUCCGAUGAAUAUGACCUUAUUGUAUUGGGAUUGCAAGAAGUUUCAAUGAUCUGGGAAUGUCUAGACCCAGAAAUUAUGUCAAACAAGAUUGGAGAAAUAAACAAAUUGAUACAGGGUCAUUUAGGUAAUAAUUAUUCAUCAAUUGGAUCAGAUUAUACAGGUGGGACGGCGCUUUUUUUAUUUGCAAGAAACAAUAUGACAGUGCACUCUUUGAUAAGGGAUCAUUGUAAGCGUGGUAUAAUAAACUCUUCAUUAAAAGGUUCUGUGUCUAUUACAUUACAAGUAACCAAUUCAAAUCAGAGUGAUUUUUUAGAGACUUAUUGUUUUAUUUGUUGUCACCUAACUGCAAAUGAAGGUAUCAAAAAUUUAAAUUAUAGGAUUAAAGAUAUUGAAGCUAUUAUAGAUUCUUGUAAAACAAAUAUCCCUUCUUCUUUAUUUGAAAAUUCUCUAUUAUUUCUUUUUGGUGAUUUAAACUUCAGAGUUAACCCAUUAACCAGAGUUUAUGAAGGAGAUGAACUUCUACAUCUUCUUAACACGCACCCCUUAUUUAAGAAUUUAAAAGAGUUUAGGAUUAAUUUUAAUAAGACAUAUAAAUAUGUGUUAUACGAUGCAGCUAAUUCGUUUAAUAUGAAAAGAAAUCCCUCCUGGUGUGAUAGAAUACUAUAUAAAUGUAGUAACAAUGAAAAUAACAUUAGUAUUGAAUCAUAUGAUGCAAUUUCAAGAGGUUCAAGUUUAUUAUUUUCUGAUCACCAACCAGUUCAAUUAAAGUUUAUUAAUAAAAAUCCUCUAAAUUUAACUGGGAACAAAAAUAUUAUCAAGAGAAAAGAUUUCAUGUUAUGUGAGGUUAAUUAUCCUGAUAUAAUAAUUAGUUAUGUGGAUUGGUUACUUUAUAAAAGAUUUCACUAUUGGAUUAUAUCAAGUGUAAUACUACUCUUUAUUGUAAAGAAUAUAAUGUUUUAA